AUGAUCCGGUAUUCACUUUUGUUUGUGACGCUGGGUUUGUUCUCCCUCGGCGACGCCCAAGAACAUCCCCAGCAACAUGUUCUCGGCGACGAAGUAGUAGCGGGGCCCAACCCCCUACCGCAGGCCGCCGAGUUGGUUCGUGAUAAGCUGAAGGCGGCUGAAAUCAUCCCCACCGUCAUCGAUGACUUCCUUCCCUCCCUCGGUCUACACGCGACCUGGCCGUCCGGCUCGCGCGCCCAGCUCGGCAACACCCUCGCGCCAGCCAACCUCGACUCGGAGCCAUCCAUCGCACUGCACGACAUGCGCGCCGCCACGGGCCCCUCCCCGCCAAACAAGAACAAGAACAAGAACAAGAAGAAGACCAUCACCUACGCCAUCACCCUCACCGACCCGGACGCGCCCACCCGCGAAGACCCGUCCUGGUCCGAGUUCUGCCACUGGAUCGCGGCGGGCGUGCUGGAGCCGGCGCUGUGCGACCCGCGCGACCCGGGCCCCUGCGCCCCCGUGCUGUCCCACCUGCGCGAGAUUGUGCCGUAUAAAGCGCCGGCGCCGCCCCGGGGAACCGGGUUCCACAGGGACCAGCAGGGAGCUGUCGAUCGUGUCUGCAAGAUCGCGGGCCACAUGUUUGCUACCCAACCGAGCCAACCUUAA